ACAGUAUCACGCUUCUUGCUCCCUUUAUUAUUACUUAUGAGAGUGAGAAAUUACAUUGAUGAAAGCUACGUGUCAAUAAAUCAGCGUUUUUAUCUCUUCAAAAUUGUAACUGCAGAUAGUUUAGUCAAAGUGUGUGGAAGUCAGCAGUAUCUUAGAGGGGCCUCGAGAGUAUCAAAUUGUCAGUUCGAUAAGUCUAUUAUAAGGGCUAUGUCCAGAGUUAUCUUGAUAAAUCACAAGUUACUACUAAGACAAAAAGAAUAAUUAUAUAACAUACAAGUCUGAGUCCUGAAUUUUGAAAAUAUUUUCAUAAUAAAAUACUGCAACGACUAUGAAGAUUACAUUAGUACUGUACAUUAUCUGCAUAUACAAUAGUUCUGCCGAAAGAAUAACAACUAUUCAACUAGAUGGCAUUCAGUACUAUAUCUCUCAAAUGAAUCCCUUUAUUCCUGAAUUAAAUUAUUUUUUGGCAUAUCAAUAUUGUCGAUCACUUGGACUACAACUUGUAUCUUUUGAAACUAAGGAAAAGGCUGACUUAAUGAUGAAAUAUUUAAAAAAUACAGGAUAUGCAAAAUAUGAUUUCUGGACUUCAGGAAACCGUCUAGGAACAGACAUGUUUUUGUGGAUGAGUACCGGAUCACCUUUUAAUUCAACUUUUAAUUACAUGAAUACGAGUAGUAAAGAUAAUGCUGCAGAUGCAUCUCGUGGUGCCAAUCCACAACAAGUAUCUCAAAAAAGGUAUACAUCUUUUGCAUAUUUCUGCUUUCUUUAA